AUGGAAUUCCCAGAAAACUCAAGCGGACCCAAUCAUCUCAUCCCCAAAUGGAAUAUUUCACCGGUCAGUGUGAAUUACGAACCACAGGAGAGCACCGAGACGGACCCGCUACUACCUAAAGACGGCUUUGGCGGGUCAAGAUUGAGAAGAUCCCUGGAGGAAAAGCAGUCAGGUGGAGCAGACGUUCCUCCGGAGACGGUGUUGUCCUUGGUGCUGCAGAUUCUGGUGCCGUUUCUUCUCGCCGGGCUGGGAACAGUCUUUGCUGGCCUGCUUCUUGAUGUGGUUCAGAGCUGGGAUGUAUUUCAAGAAAUUACCGAGCUCCUAAUUUUGCUUCCCGCUGUGUUGGGCAUGAAGGGAAACCUGGAAAUGACGCUUGCUUCCCGAUUGUCCACGGCUGUACAUGCAGGAAAAAUGGAUGUUUCCCGAGAGAAGUGGAUGUUGAUCCUUGGAAACCUAGCGCUUAAACAGCUCCAAGCCAGCAUUCUGGGCCUGUUAGCGUCCCUGAUGGCGAUUGUGUUGGGCUGGAUUGCCGACGGAAGGAUCCCGUUUAAUCAUCUCGUCCUUCUGUGUUCGACCGGCCUCUGGACAGCAUUUGUGGCUUCGCUACUGCAAGGUAUUAUCAUGGUGGGCGUGAUUCUGGGAUCCAAGCGGAUCGGGAUCAACCCUGACAAUGUGGCUACGCCGAUGGCCGCCAGUUUUGGAGACCUCAUCACGUUGGCCUUACUGGCUUGCUUUAGUCAGUGGUUCUACUCCUUUAUAGAACUGUAUUCGUAUGCAUUGUAUCUGCUGGAUCUGAUUCUGCUGUGCCUGAUGCCUCUCUGGAUCGUGAUGGCCUCCAAACACCCCGCGAGUCGGCUCCUCCUCCGUACCGGCUGGGAACCCAUCGUAACGGCAAUGGUCAUUAGCAGUAUAGGUGGACUUAUUCUGGAUAAGACCGUGUCAGAUCCAAAUUUGGCCGGAAUCAUACUUUAUGCCCCGGUUAUAAACGGCAUCGGAGGAAACCUCGUCUCCAUCCAAGCGAGCCGCAUUUCCACCAAUUUACAUCUGAAUUUCUCGCCUAAUGAGGUUCCUGAAGAUCAGAAGAAGUGCUGUCAACAUCCAUGCGGCACCUUUUUCGGUUCAGGUCCGAAUCAGAAAUCUGCUAAAGUCCUGCUUCUGAUGGUCAUUCCUGGUCAACUGGUUUUUCUAUACCUGAUUCACCUGAUCAAAGGGGCUCACACCAUGCCCAGCGUGCUCUUCACCUUUGCGUUUUUGUCUGCUUCACUGAUUCAGGUUUUUUUCUUGCUGUGUAUCGCUGACUGCAUGGUCCACUGUUUGUGGAGGAGGGGUAAAGACCCCGAUAGUUACUCGAUACCCUACCUCACAGCGCUGGGGGAUCUUCUGGGGACGGCUCUUCUCUCCCUUGCCUUCCUUUUGCUUUGGUGCAGCGGAGACUCUGGCGGCGUAUAA